GUCAUGUGACAACACCUCAGCACGCCUGCGCACAGAAAUAGAAGAUGGCGGAGAGUGCGGACCUGAAGCAAAUGGUGAUGAGCCUGCGGGUGUCGGAGCUGCAGGUUCUGCUGGGCUACGCUGGACGCAACAAACAUGGACGCAAGCACGAGCUUCUGACUAAGGCGCUUCAUCUGCUGAAAUCCGGCUGUAGUCCCGCUGUGCACAUGAAGAUCAAAGAGCUCUACCGAAGACGCUUCCCUGCCAAAAUGGUCUCCCACUCAGAACUGGCGAUGACUGGGCCGCAUCAUCCAGCCUCAGUUGGAGUCGUUGGGGGAGGCGGGGCGUCGCUGCCUGCCGGCCUGACGCAGCUGGCGUACGAGGGUCAUGCUGGACACGGUGGCGCUCCAUCGCCCGCUGCCUUACUGCCCCUUUCGCUUCUCGGGCCUGGGAAGCAUGAGCUGACCGGGCUGACGCACCACCUGCCCACCUCGGCCACGCUGCAUCCGGUCCACCCAGAUGUGAAGCUCCAGAGGCUGCCGUUCUACGACCUGCUCGACGAACUCAUCAAGCCAACAAGUCUAGCGUCAGACAACAGCCAGCGGUUCCAGGAGACAUGUUUUGCCUUCGCGUUAACGCCGCAGCAGGUCCAGCAGAUCAGCGGCUCCAUGGACAUCUCGGGAACCAAAUGUGACUUUUCAGUUCAGGUUCAGCUCCGGUUUUGCCUGUCGGAGACAAGCUGUCCUCAGGAAGACCAUUUCCCUUCCAAUCUUUGUGUCAAAGUCAACGGGAAGCAAUGCAACUUGCCGGGUUACCUUCCUCCAACCAAAAAUGGCGUUGAGCCUAAGCGGCCGAGCCGGCCGAUCAACAUUACCUCACUUGUCAGAUUGUCCACCACAGUCCCAAACACCAUUGUGGUAUCGUGGACUGCAGAGAUUGGAAGGAGUUACUCCAUGGCAGUUUACCUUGUGAAGCAGCAGUCCUCCACAGUGCUGCUACAAAGACUGCGGGCAAAAGGCAUCAGAAACCCAGACCACUCCAGAGCUCUCAUCAAAGAGAAGCUUACAGCAGACCCUGACAGUGAAAUAGCCACAACCAGCCUGCGCGUGUCCCUGCUCUGCCCGCUGGGGAAGAUGCGGCUGAUGAUCCCGUGCAGGGCGCUGACAUGCUCCCAUCUGCAAUGCUUCGAUGCCACGCUUUACAUUCAGAUGAAUGAGAAGAAGCCUACCUGGGUUUGUCCUGUCUGUGACAAGAAGGCCCCUUAUGAGCAUCUUAUCAUUGAUGGACUUUUUGUAGAGAUCCUCAAUAGUUGCUCAGACUGUGAUGAGAUCCAGUUUAAGGAGGAUGGCAGCUGGGCCCCCAUGAGGUCUAAGAAGGAAGUGCAGGAGGUCUCCUCAGCUUCCCUGAACAACGGGCUGGAUGGCUCCUGCCGGACAUCUGAAGGCUCAGAUCAGCACAGCUCCUUGUCCUCCAGCUACAGCGACGGCAGCAACGGCAAAAAGGUGGAAGUGAUCGACCUGACACUCGACAGCUCCUCGGACGAAGAAGAACCAGAUUCCCCGCCGCCUCUUCCUCCUCCUCCUCCAGCUCUGCCUCCUCCAGUCAAACAGGCGUGUCCGUCUCUGUCACCAACCUCGCCACCCAUCAUUAACAAAGGGGUGUUGAACCUGCACCACCAGGCCUCUCCUGUGAGCCGCACCCCCAGCAUGCCAGCCAUGGACACCAGCUACAUCCCCCCAGUUCCCCCACUCAUCCAGGACUACAGACCCUACUACCACACCCCCAACGACCUGUCAGAGUUGAACUUCUUCUCUUUUCUUCAAGGAGACAAUCACCAGCAUUACAACAUGGUCAUGGCAGCGGCGGCGGCUGCCUCAGCCUCAGAGGACCACGAGCUCCUUCUCAAUCGUUUUCUGCCCUACAGCACCUCCUCGUCAGCUUCCCAGCUGUUCCUCGAUCAAUCAGGUACCCCCGCGGCCCCCUCGCUGACGGCGCCGACUAACGGGUUGAGCAACAUGGGAGGCAGUAGCCUGAUCUCAUCCAGUAGCCUUCGUGAGAAUCACUCCACACACUCAUCUUCGCACGCGGCCUCGCACCCCUCACACACACACCCAGGCGUGGUGGCCAGUCGGAGCAGCGCCGAAGCAGCCGUGGCAGCUAUUUACGGCGGGAUACCUGACGUCAUAUCGCUGGACUGACCCGACAUGGGUGAAAACACUCUGGGCCCAGCUUGAAUGGGGUAACAAACCUGACCCCGUGCUGACUUGCAGGGUAACGUUUUGAUCCAGAUAUUAGACCUGGCCCCACGUCAUCGAACUCAGUUUUUGGAGCCAUAAUGAAGAAGAGCACUAAAUAUCUGAGUGGGCGACUCCACUUAAAGGGGGCAGAUGUGUACUUGGUGUUACUGACCUCAGAUAAGAAAUCAGUCCGACGUUUGGACCACAGGAGUUCUUUACUGGUACCAACUUGGCACAAACAGCAGAGAUGCUGCCUGAGCUAAAACACAAGGAUGGAAGGUUCUUUAUUGUUUUCUUUUUACAAAAACAAGGCACAGCACCGUGUACAGAGAACAAAAUCUAUUUUCCUCUAUUACUUUUGUAUGUCAGGAACAUUUUCAGUGUGGUGAGCUGCUUCUGUCGCUGUUUCCAGGUGGAGGACUGGACCUUCUUUUCUUUCCUCACAGAACAAGUUAAACACCUGCUGCCACGUUAUCUUUGUCGUCUUUUCUGCAUCUCAACAAUAACCUGGUUUCUCUCCACGUUCCUCUUCUACUCUUCGAGCUCAUGUUCAGAUUCAUUGUGUAUUUUUUUUCUCAAAUGAGGCUGAAUUUACAGUUGAAUCAUAUUGUAGUAGUUUUAAUAUUCGUUUAACUUAUGUAAAAUAAUUUAAACAGUGAAAUAUGCAUUCCCUUUGACUUUCAGGUUGACGUUAGUGGAGUAGCUUGAAGCAGAAAUCCUCCCUUUCCUGUUUUUUUAUUUUCACUCCUUGUAAAAAGUCUGCCAGCGUACAGCAUUUAAACUGUUGAAGGUAUUUAUACUUGCCAAUUUAGACUUUUAGCUGGCAGAGUUUUUUUGUUUUUUUGUUUGUUUUUGCACAAUGCCAAAAAGUAGGUACGAAUGAAAGUGAGUGCUGUUGAAUGUGUGUGCCAGUGUUUUCAGUCCAUCUCUCCGAGUUCAGUGUGUUGCUGUGUGUCUCGGCUGACUGUUAUAAAGGACUUUCUGACGAAGCUGUCGUCGCAGCGUCAGGCCUUUUAAAGACACAGACGUCCAAAGCCUGUGACCAAGCUUAAACCAGUGCCUGUUUAUGUGUGUGCGUCUGAGGAAAUUUAAAGUAACGUCUUAAACUCGUCACCUUCAACUUCCGCAUCUGACAUCUUGAGGGAGUUAAGUUUGGAUAAAGCACUUGUGGAGAAGUCUUGAAAAGUGAGAGAAGGCAGCUCCGCAGGUCAGCGUGGGCUCCGCACAGAAUCAGAUGGUUUAAAAAAUGCAUGGCCUGUCUGGAGAGAAACUGUGUUAGAGCAAAACACUCCGCUGUUAAGUGCGUCUGGUUUGCUCAUGAAUGUACGUUUUUCAAGCAACACACACUUUCAUUCAUCUUUAUCUAAACUGUGUUGGAGAGAUCCACGGAUAUGUCCCGUCAUCCUCUAAAUGUUCCUGGUGUCUGCUGUUACGACCAUCUCUUUGACGUUCUGCUUCCAGGCGCCGGAGACGGGUAACGCCUAAAUGUCCCAGCGAUCAUGAGAUAAUGGGCUCUGACAGCAGCUCCCAUCACUUCACGUCUGCCGUCCCAUUCCUCGAUAACCAGUCGGGAUCUGACACAGGGUGACCUUCCCCCCUCCCUUCCACUCUGCAUUGCUAAAUUCAUUCCCUGUUCUUCUCAUGGGAACCAACUCCAGCCUCUCCAAAUGACUCCGUCAUCUACUGGAACAACUUUUUUUUUGUAUUUCCUGUGCUGUGCAGUAUUUUAUUUAUUUUGUACCCUCGCGUCUAUAUAUUGUAUCUUUUACAAAUUGCUCGGUGGCUGAAAGAGAGUGUGAGUCACUGUCAUGUGGGAGCCAGUUGUGAAAAGAUUCUAUUUAAUAUGCGUCGAAUACUUAUUUGCCAGCAGCUAGACUACUCAGAAAGGUGUUGUUGUGAUGAUUCUCCAGGGAAAUAAAUGCCACUGUGCAUUUUCUUAGGAGCAGACUCUGGUAAUCCUUUGAAAUGAGGGCACAAAACGAAUGCUUAAUUAAUUCAUGCAUGAUUAAUUAUUUCUUUGAACGAAUUAUGCUUGUGUUCUGGAAUCCAGUAAUGUAAAGAGGGAGUGCAGAAACAUUAGCUGUCUUCCUGAACAAAGAUGGUACACAUCAAACAUGCCAGUAGGUGUGGGGAGGUUUACUGGGGUUUUAAACCGUUCCAAAACCACUAAAAUCUUCCAUCACAGCGUUCCUGCUGUUUAAAGUGCUUUUAAUCAGAAAGUAUAGAGAGGAAGUGCCUGUUUGGGGCAUAAAGUAUCACAGAGCUGUACCUCCCCCACAUGUUGCGGAGCAUUGUUAGUCCGCUGCCUGGAACAAAUCUACACUUUUUCCUUGCUUACAAGAUAAACAAACCAGGCCAUUUGGAGGUACUUCCAGCUACUCAAAAGAAGUCAUGCUGUGGACACUAGCGCCACCUAUCACACCUUCUAAAUUAAUGCUGUUUUGAAACUGCAGUUGGCAAAGUACAAGCAGCUUGUCUGUAAAGCAGCAGCCUGCAGGCUUGCUUAACCUGUUAAUAUCUUCCUAUUUAUGCAACUAUUAAAAGCAUGGUGCCAAAAAAGAUAUAAUAUUCUGUGCAUGAGCACUUGAAAAGUACCAUUAAUUUUAUCAAAGGUUUAUUCUGUAUUUUAUGUUAAUAAUACAAGGCUAAAUGUAUAAUUUGUUAUUUACAUUUCUGGGACUUCUCCACUUAAACAAUGUUAGCGUUUUUCCCAAUAACCUGGCGGACUAAAUCCUAUGCUUGUCUUUUACCCCCUGGUGGAGAAUCUAGUUAUUACAGGUGAGCUGUCCAAUUGUUUUCCAGGAGUCCAAGGUGUCUGCAGGGGUUUUUUUGUGCACCACAAAAUCAGUUUCUAUUGAGUGGUUACAGUCAGUUAGGUAUAAAAACACUUGAUUGCUCAUCCAAAUGAGUCUUUAAUUGUGACAUGCAGCACCAGGCAAAUGUUUGGACACACCUUUGUCAUUCAGUGGCUUUUUUUUAUUUAUGUCACAUGGCAUGGUUUUUCUGCAGUCUUGAAGGAGUUGUCUUGAAGCAGAUGUAGGAAUAAAAAUAAAGACAAACCGCUGAAUGAGAAGGGGUGUCCAAACUUUUGACUGGUAGUGUAUAACACACCAAAACAAAGAAAAGUCUGCUUUCUGGCCUUUUAUAAAAAGGAAAUAUUAAAAAACACCACAGAGAAAAAGACGAAGCUUUACCAUGCCUCUAGAUGUAAGGACACUGAUCUUUAUUUUUGAUCUUCUAUCUAAUAUACACAUAUUGCUUAAUAUAUUUUACCCAAUCUCUGUUGAAAUGCAAAUGUGUUGCAAAAAACUGUAAAAUAGUUUUUAAAAGUGAUAAAUUCUUAAGGGUGCCAUGUGGGUUUUUGUAAGUCGUACAAAUAUUGAUUUUAGGUGGGAAAUUAUUAAAAAUGUAUCAUCAUAAACAGCUAAUGCAGCAGAGAAAUCCAUUUUAUUUGUGUUAAAUGCAUCAAAUUAGCAGUUAAAUUUAAAAAAAUGCCUUUGUUAUCAAAUAAUUAAUGCAUAUUUUGGAUAUAUUUCAGGAAUAUUAGGAAAAUGUUUUGCUUGUCUUUUAAAUUAAAGCAAUUACAUCAUUUAUUCUUUUUUAAAAUAUUUGUUAAAAAUAUUGUGAAAACUGUGGAAUUUUAUUCACGGUUCACACCGGCCCAUGCCUACAGGCCACACAUCUGUGUACAUCAAUCUGAGUUUUAGGUCAGCUUUGUACACUUUCAUAUGAACUCUGUAUGUUUACCUCAUGUCGUCUGGCGCCCACUGCAGAUUCAGGGCUUAUCUGUUCUCUGCUCGACAAUAAUAAAAAAUAUAUUAGGAGGUUUUAAAUAUCUCCCACCUGCUUUUAAAUGUGACCUAAAUAGCUGUUUGCAAUUGAUUUUAGCAGCUUCCUGUAGUUGUUUGAACUCGUGGGGGGGGGGUAGCCAAAAUGUCCUCCUCCAUCAUCCCUCGUAAAAAAAUAUAUCUUUUAGUUUCUCUAUUUGAUCAUUUUAAAUUUAUUCUGAUCAUGAAACUGAAAAAAAAAAGAAUUUCCUCCUACAUAAAACGAGUGAAAACCAGCUUCAUUGGCCUGGAAAACAAAGCAGAGACCUGCAGGGGUUGCUCUGCAGCUUUUGGAGCUGCUGACAGUUUUAUUCGGAACAGCGAGGAGUCAGUUAAUCAUUAAUUGCUGGUGUCAACUCAUUCAGACUCAUUAACAGCUUGUGCCUUUAUCAUGAAGCGUUACCAGAUUUCUGCUGCUCUGUUUGUUUGAAUAUCAAACCCCCGUGUUGGGGUACUUGACGAGACGGUCACUGUUACUGAAAGCAUUUGAUUGCGGCUUAAUUUAUUGAAGCUUCUGUCGUCACGCUUGUCGUUCUGCUGAGUUCAUGGCGGAUGGAGUAUGAGAGCAAAAGCGGGUUGAAUGUGUUUCUGUUGAAGUUCUCUAACAUCCCGAGGUUCUGUGUGAAAUUACCAAAAAACAAAGAAGUUGGAUCUCCUCCUGAUCCCUUUCAAUGUUAGGCGCUCCCUCCUGUUCUGUGUUUAGGGUUUUUUGUAUGCUACAGGGGACAAGCAGUUGUUAUUAAGGUGAACUUCUCUCUUUUUUUUUUUUUUUUUUUGCCUCUUUAACAGCUGAUUUUGGAAAAGCGGCUUUACUCUCUGAUCCUCCUUACCUGAACUAAAAGGGAAAAGUGUUUAUAUUCUGUAUGUAUGGAACCCUGAAAACUGAACAUUCAGAUCCAACCGUGAGGUGUUUGAUGUCCACUUGUUUUUUUUUUCUUUUUGUGUGUGUCUCCUCAGAGCGAAAGGAAUAAAAUAAUUUAUAUAUUUUUUAGAAAAUGAAAGCUGUAAAAAGGAAAAAAAAAGACGAUUGUGGCCAAUAAAGAGUCUCACACAGCAGAAAUAAUCUCUGAAGACGGGACUAGAGUUGACAUCUGCACUCACUGCCUUAUGAACAGGUUUCACAGCUCCACUCUGAGGAAAAUAAACUUGUUUAAAAAAAAACUUAAGAUGAAAAAGGCUUUUCAUGGACGGAAAGGAGAAGACGGUGUACAGUAGACCCAUGUCAGUUUGUACAAAUAUACCAAGUGAAAAAAAUAUUUAUUACCUGCAUUGGAAGAAAUUGUUUACUUAUUGAAUGUUACCUGUUUAUGUAGAAAAGUAGAUGUAAUAAAAUGCAUUCUGCUAAA